AUGGCUCUGGCAAAGCUACCUAAAGCUUUCGGCCUUGCUGGAAACUUUAAGAAGGGUUAUUUUCCACACUUGUUUAAUACCCUGGAAAAUCAGCAAUACGUGGGUCCUUUACCAUCUGCUGAAUUUUACGGUCCGAAUCAAAUGAAGCCCGAGGACCGACAUACGUUUUUAAACUGGCAUCAAGAGCAUCAGAAUGAUGUUUUUAAUUUCCAGGAGGAAAUCGUCGCAUAUUGCAAGUCGGACGUGGAAAUACUAAUGAGAGCCUGUCUUUCAUUUAGGUCGAUGCUUCUUAACGAGUGUAAGGUUUGUCCAUUCACCGAAGCAACAACAAUAGCAUCAGCGUGUAAUAAGGUGUUUGCACGAAACUAUCUGGAAGCCGAUACAAUCGCCGUUAUUCCCCGUGGUGGUUACCGAUUGGCUGAUAAUCAAUCGGUUAUCGCUUUACAAUGGUUGUUGUGGGAGGAGAACGUACGAGGAAUCACCAUACACCACGCCGGUACAGGUCGAGAACACCUAGUAGGAGGAGGACUCAAAGUUGACGGUUUUAACGAGGAGCAGCGUCAGAGUUGUGAAGUGCGUGAUUUUGUCGAAAACCAUCCCGUGUUGGCAACAUCACCAUUGAAUCCUCGUGACGGUUUUUAUGGAGGCCGAACCGGAAACACUGUUACAUACUACAAAUGUAACGAGGGUGAGCGCAUCAAAUACAUCGAUGUAUGUUCGUUGUACCCUUUUGUGUGCAAGUACGGCCGAUUUCCUCUAGGACACCCCACAAUUUAUGUAGGAUCUGCAGCCCGGGACAUUGAUUUAUCCACCGUAGAUGGCAUGGUGAAAUGUAAAAUUUUACCACCCGCGCAGUUGUACCACCCCGUUCUCCCUGUCAGGAUGAAGGGAAAGUUAAUGUUCGCCCUUUGCAACAGCUGUGGUGAAAGUUCACAGCAGCGUGAGUGUUGCCAUACGGAGGAAGAACGAUUGUUCACAGGGACAUGGGUAAUUGCAGAAGUCCUGAAAGCAUUGGAAAAAGGCUACAGGAUUGUGGAAGUGUUUGAAGUGUGGACAUACGAAACGCGUCAAUACAACCAUGCGGCGAGUCAGCCGGGUUUAUUCACAGAAAUGAUGAAUAAAUUCAUCAAAAUUAAACAGGAAGCCUCCGGCUGGCCCGCGGAUUGCAUAAACGAUGUGGUGAAACAACAACAAUAUCUGGUGGAUUUUGAAGAAGCUGAAAAAGUGAAGCUAACACCGGAACGCGUCGAAAAUAACCCUCGCCAAAUUAAUGUUGAAUUCGUUCUGGGGAAAGAAUGCUUUGAUCUCCUUGCGCAUCCGUCGAAGAAUGUCAACAGUAUAACUCCUGUGAAUGAACAAACUGUUGUAAUCAACUGGGAGUACGCCGACGAGGCUGUGGAAUCUCUGCUUACUGUGAAUGUGGUAAUUGCAGCUUUUGUUACAGCACAGGCCCGUUUGAAGUUGUACGAAUAUCUAGAGAUGUUGGAUACACGUGUUUUAUACUACGACACCGAUUCCGUUAUCUAUGUGUCAAGCAACCAUUUUCCAGAUCCUCCGACUGGAAAAUUCAUUGGGGACAUGACCGAUGAGCUGGAGGUAUACGGUAUCGGUUCCUACAUCACGGAAUUUGUUUCGGGCGGGCCGAAAAAUUACGCAUACUCGGUGUGGUCAACGACGAAGCAGUGUAUCGAACAUAGGGGUGGCGCGUGCUCACUUGCCGACAAAGGCCAGCAACCACCCAAACAGAUGGGCGGCACGUGCCGACAGGGUCGUGACGUCACUCCUACGCUGUUCGUCUCAAGUGGCCCACUGGCGCCGGAGGGGAGGGGGGAGUCGUGA